AUGCCUGAACUAUUCGUUUUAGGAUCAUUAUCAAAAAAUGCGAAGAAUUAUAGUGUUCGUCAACAACCAAAUCUUUUAACCUAUAAUCAACCGUCACAAAACCCAGUUAGACAUUCUUAUAAAGAAAGAACAGAAAUAUAUGUUGUACCCAACACAGAUAAUGAUCGAGCAAUAUACAAUAAACAACCACAUAAAUCACCGACACCAUCAGCUCAUAGUGAUGAUCCUUUAACUCCUGAUAUACCACAAGUCUACAAUUUACCACCUCCACAAAAUAUAAAUAAACCACCACCGCAGAGAAAAAUUUAUUAUAGACCACUUCGUUAUGAACCAAAGCGUGUUCAACAACCGUAUAAACCAAUUACACCACCCAUUCGUAAGUCUUAUCCAGAACCUACUCCAGUUACCACUGUCACUCGAAUACCUACUCAACCAGUUGCAAGAUCGUCUCCAUCACCUACACCUCCACCACCAUUAAUUAAUCGAUAUAAUCCAUCACCUGUACUAUCAGUUAAUAGAUAUCAACCUUUGCCUGUUGAUGCACCUGAAUUCUAUCAUUUGAAUGGGACACAACUUAACAGUGCACCAAGUCCUUAUGUACCACAGCGUGUGGAACAACCUUAUAAAUCACCUCCACCACCAAUCGUAACGUCUUAUCCAACACCUCCACCACCACUUAAACAGUCUUACGUAUCACCGCCACCACCACCAGUUCAACAAUCUUAUCCAUCAUCACUUGAUGCGCCUGAAUUAUACCAUCUAAAUCGUACAGUAACUGCUAAACAACCAGUCAUUGAUCCACCGAAGUAUGUUGAACAACCUUACAAGCCAUCAACACCACCAGCGUCAUUGAAGACGUCUGCUCCACCUAUUUCAUCGCCAGUUAAACAGUCUUAUGUAUCACCACCACCACCGCCACCAGUUCAACAAUCUUAUCCGUUAUCUCUUGGUGGACCUGAAUUAUACCAUCUAAAUCAUGCAGUAACUGCUAAUCAACCAAUCAAUGAUUCAACACCACCAAUUUCAUCACCAGUCAAUACGUACAUUCCACCAGCUUCUCAAGGACCCCAAUUAUAUCAUUUGAAUGACGAUACAAUUGAAGAUAUACUAAUGCCUGACACUCCAAAACCUGUUGAACAAGUGUAUAAAUCACCACUCCCACCUCAAUCACCUUUACCUGUAACUGUUGUGCCAAAUCCACCAUCUUAUAAUGGACCUGAAUUAUAUCAUUUCGAUACCAGAGAACCUAUUAAUGAACCAAUCCAACAAUCACCUGUAUCAUCAGCUAAAAAGCUUACUUCAUCGCCUACACCGUCUAAUGAUCGUGCUGAAUUAUAUUAUAUAAAACUUGAAGAUACUACUGAUGCACCGAAACCUGUUGAACAAUCAUAUAAAUCACCAACACCACCUCCGCAACCAAUCAAAACGAUCUCUCCAUCUCCUUUACCGGUAACUGUUACGCCAAAUCCACCAUCUCGUAAUGGACCUGAAUUAUAUCAUUUGAACAACGGAGAAAUUGACAAUGAACCAGUCCAACAAUCAUCUAAAUCACCUGUACAAUCAGCUAAAAUGUCUUCUCCCCCACCUCAAAAUGGACCUGAAUUAUAUUAUAUAAAAUUUGAUGAACCGAUAAAUGAAGAGCAACCACGUAAACCUUCAACACCUAGAGUACCUUCUGGUAAGAAUCGAGUUUCACCGAUGCCUUCUCCAAAGCCAACUAACCAAGGACCAGAAAUGUAUUAUUUACAAACAAUUGUUGACAAUAGUAGACGAUCACCAUCUAUUCAAGAGCCUGCUCCAAAAUCAGCGUCUCCCAUUCCAAUUGUAACAAAAGUUCGAGAAAUUACUCCUCCACCACGAUCACCAACACCUCCACCACGAUUACCAACACCACCACCACCACCACCACCACGAUGGCGAUCACCUUCACCACCACUACCACAACGAUCGCCUUCACCACUACGACACUUAACACCUUCACCACUACCACCACCACGAUCACCUUCACCACUACUACUCCGACGAAGAUCACCUUCACCACCUCCACGGCGACGAUUACCUUCACCACCACCACCACUACCGAGACGACGAUCACCUUCACCGCCACGACGUACACUUCAUACUGCAGCUCCUCUUGCUCUUCCCGUUCGAAGACCAUUACCAGUUCUAGAUGAUGUCGACGAUGUGGACGAUGUACCAGUCAGACGAGAUUCAUUUCCAACUACACUACAAGGUGUUCUCAUAGCUGAUCGUGUUGUACCUUUAUCAGUAUCAAAAGCACCAGACAGUAUUAAACGAAGUAUGAACAAAUUCCGAUAUGAUGACAAUUAA